AAGGUGGAGUCAUGUUUCAAAGGCAGAGGUACAGGAAGUCAAUUGCGAAAAACGGGUCGGGUACAGUAGUUAGAAUUCAGGGCAGGAAGGUUGAGCGUCUUGGCUAGAAGAAGACCUAUGAAGUUACGCGGAUAUAUUUGCUGACGAAGCAGAAACUCUUGAAACCUGUGUGACACAAGGUCGAAUAGGAUCAAUUGCACAAUUUUCCAUUCAGAUGGCUCCCGCAGAGGACGUUGAACAAAUUGAAAUAUGCGAGGAAUUGGACCGUGUUAUCCUUCACCUUUUUGAUGCUCUUGAAAUGCUCCAGACCAAGAGAGAAGCUUUCAAUGGCAUGGUGGAGCAGGGUUGGUUCUCACUCUCCAAAUCUCGCUAUGCCAUGGGUAACAAAUCUGUAUCUACCCUGCAAUAUGGACACCAGAUGACACCAUCUAUUCAGAUAGAAACUAGCAAGGCAGAAGAUGGGCAGAUUCAAUUUCAGGUGACCACAGAAGAUGCUUUCAAAAGCCCAGCUUUUGUGGAAGAGAUUGGCCCCAGUGAACAAGUUGUACGACGACGAAAAGGUCCAGGAAAAGCAGAGGAUGUGGCCCAACCCCAGAAUGCAGCAUCCAAGCCUGCAGAGACCUUAGGCCACCAAGAUCCCCUGAACUGGUUUGGCAUCCUUGUGCCACAAAGCCUCCGACAAGCUCAGAAGACUUUCCGAGAAGGGAUCCACCUGGCUGCAGAAAUUGCCUCAAUACAAAGUGAAAUUGAGGCCACUAGAAGUUAUUACCAGUCACUGCUGGAAAAAAAACAAAAACUGGUAGCUGGAAAGAAGCAGUACUCUCCUUGAUCAAUAAUGAUCAUCUCUGCUGAUACAAUAAAAGCUAUAAACUUUGGCUUAUAUUUACUGGAGUAGUUUUGGAAAUCUCCAUAUUUGUCCUGAACUGUUUUUAAAUUUCUAUGUAAAAGGUAAUUAUAAUUAUUAAUGGCUUUGUAAGUUACAGAUGCACUUUAAAAAGAUUGUUUGCACAAAGCUAAAAAUGGAUGUAUGUAUUUUAAAAUAAAGCAUAGCUGGAAAAUCUAGCUUGUGUAUAUAUUCUUCAUUUUGCCCUUUUUUCUUAUUUGUCUGAGGCAAUAUGUCUCUUAAAGUAUUGAAACAAAUGUCUUUGAUUUGUAGUUUGAUUUUCAUAUGUCUUAUAUGCUUUCAUCAUAAGCAAAUAUUUUCUGUCUAUCAAACCAAAAACUGAUUUACAUGAGACACAAGUUUCAAUUAUGAUGACUGUUGUAGGGGCUUUUUAAAAUAUCUUGAAGGAAAAAAGUGGAAACCCCAAAGAAAUAGGCCCCUAUAUUGUCUGACUUGGAUGUGUAUCUCUUUUAAGAAAAAGUUCAACAGUGAAACUAUGGUUUUUAUUUUAAUAAAAAUUUC